AUGCGAGCGGAAUUGGUUCAAGCUCGGGCCGCAGGCGCCUGGCAGGCGGGCGGGGACGCGGCGGGUGGAGCGCCCGAGGCUGCGAGAGCGAGGGCCGAAGCCGCACAGCUCGCCAGGGAAAACGCUGCACUCAGAGAAACUGUGCUCGCCUUACACUCGGAACUAUUCGGAGCUAGACUAGCAACUAAAUACCUCGAUAAAGAACUAGCGGGUAGAAUACAACAAUUACAACUGUUAGGUAGUGAAAUGCGCGCCGAGCUCAGGGACUCGUUGUGGGCCCAGGUGGAGGCGGAGAUCCUCCUCCAACGUCACAAGACCCUGGUCCGCGUGUGUCGCGGCCUCACCCCCCGCCGGACGCUGCCCCCUCCAGCGCGCACUACCCCCGCACCCCCCGCGCCACCCGCACACGCGCCGCGGACCGUGCGCGUGCGACGCUCGCCGCACCUCGGACUAGGGAUCUCUGUUACUGGUGGUCGUGAGCAUGGCGUUCCUAUAUUGAUCUCGGAGCUAGAGGCUGGCGGACCUGCCGCGCUAACCGGGGACCUGUAUGUAGGGGACGCGAUACUAGCCAUCAAUGAUGUUGACCUCACACAGGCUUGUCACAAGGAGGCGGUGGAGGCGCUCCAGAGUGUGAAGGGUGACUGUGCCCUGUGUGUACAGUUUAUAGCUACUGACGAUGAAGACCGGCUUUCAGACGACAACUACAGGUUCGCGCUGUAUCCUGAAGAAGAUGGCUUUGGGGACGACGCAGUGGAAGGGGACGCGGCCACGCCCACCGCGCCACGGACACCUGACUACACACGCAGUGUGUCGUGUAGUGAGGACGAGCAGGACAUGCCGGUGCAGGGAAGCGGUGAAGCUGCCGGCUCCUACACCGACUACAACAUCAACAACCUCUCUAUACUAGACAUGGACGAUGACUCCAUCAAGAUAGCAAGACUCGAGAUGUCCGGUCGUCCGUCAUCACUGCCAUCGUCCCGCUCCACGCCGGUACACUCGAGGGUCGCCGCUAAGAAGAAGAGAAAACCACAGGACUGGCGUACUAAGGGGGCGUACUGUGCCGUAUCGGACGCACAAUCGUCAGACGACACGCGCGACACUCCUCGACAUUACCAGAGUAUUCCCUCUCAAGAUUUCUACCAGUCCAAGUCUGAAUACCAGCCUAUAGAGACGCCUGUCGGUGACACCUCAUGCGGUGUUGCUGACGUCACACACGUGACGACCGCCGCCGACCCCACCGUCACCAUCAACGACCUACCACCAUCCACCAACAAUAACAUACCACCCAUGAACAACGCGGCUCUCUCCGACGACCUGAUCAACGACAACACGUCGUCUCUGUCCAACAUAUCAUCGACGACUAACGUGUCGCCUAAUAAUAGUGAACUGAAGGCUGUGACGUCAUCAGUCCCGAAACAAACGACGCUCAACGACACACAGACGCCAGCCCACGAGCGUCAUAAGGCCAGAGUGAACGGUGACAGACAGAGGAGAGAGGUGAAAAGCUUCCGGAUAGGUUCAGCGCGCCGCGUCACUGAGAGUGGGAUAAGGAACGGAGAGGUGGAGCGACACCCUCACGACUCGCACCCUCACACACAGUCACACCCUCACCCUCAGCCGCCCGGGCCGCGCCUGCUGCCGGGCCGCGGAGACCCUGACUUUGGCACUCCUGUGUGA